AUGCAUGCCGUUGGCCGUCUGGAGCCGGACGCGCCCCCAGGGCCGCGCCCCGGCACCGCAUUGUCCGGCACGACUGUCAAUUCGGGGCCUCAGGUGCCCGAGAGGACAUCUUCAGCGACCGACUUCACGAAUUCCUCCGCCACGCAGAGAAAAGUAGAGCGAAUGCAUAGCAAGUCGAGGCGCGAACACGCACACCACCACUCUCAUUCUUCCAAGCACCAUAGGGAUGAGCAAAAGACUGUCGGGGAGUACGCCCUACAUGUACUCUUCACGUCCUUCAUUGCCCAAGCCGAAGAGAAACUGAAUGACUGCAUUACAGUGCCGUUUGAACCCGAGCCGCAGGUCGAGCAAAUAUGCGGCCCGGGAGUCGAUCCAUCCUUUGACCAGAUCAUUACCGCCUUGGGCCACAUUGCCCGCCCGCGACCGAAACCCCUGAUAGACUCCAUGAUGCUGUGGAGGAAGAGCAAGAGCGAUGCAGCCAACGAAGCCCGAAGCCAGUUGCAGCAGUCGAGAGGUGCCGCACCUGGUCCGCUCCAACGAAGGAAUACCGAGCCUCUUCAACCCUUGGCUGGAACCAUUGACAACGGUUUGACGAGUCCCCAGACAUCGCUUGCUGCGAAACAAGAAUUCGUAGCCCACGCCGAACGCCGCUCGACAGUCUCGAUUUAUAUCCUAUGUCGUGUUCUGUUGGAGGUCAUCAGCCAGACCAGCCUGCCCUUUUUGACGUUAGAGAUGGAGGAGAAGCUUGAGGGCAUCAUCUUUGGCCAACUGAAGAUCGCCGAUACCGAGCAGCUGAUGGUCAGCCCUCUGAAACUCGCAAACUGGAAUCUUUUCUCGCAGCUCCUCGGCGUGAUGAGCGAGAUCAACUUCAGGGGCGUCACGGACAGGUUCCUCGGUGACCUCGAGCGCUCUCUCCAGGAGCUGGUCGCCAAAAGCCCAACCUCCCCAGCAGGCCGCGACGCUGAAGGCAAGAUUGAGCUGGUCCUCGGGGGCAUGAAGCAUCUCAAGGUUAACAUGUCACACCCGGAAUCUUGGGAACACUCGUGCGACUUCAUGGUGGCCCUCGGGCGUCUCUUCCAUCGAUCCCAUGGCCAGCGUGUUAAGACGGCCUUCUGCCAGGUGCUCGAGACGCUUUUGCUCACCGUCGCUGCCCAGGCGACGAACCAAGACCUGGCGCAUCCGAAGUGGAUCGAAGUGCUUGGGGCCAUCGGUCCCCGGCUUGCGCAAAUGUUCAUCAAGCCCCGACACUGGGGCUUCGCCUUUCCCCUGACGGCAACGCUACUCUGCGUAUCUCCCCCGGAGACCUUCGGGUCUCAAUGGCUUCAGUUGAUUCUUCCUCUGCAGCCAAAACUUAAAGACCGCUUCACGCGGCCGCUGUGCCUCCAAGUAAUUGCGCGGCUCUUAUGGACAUACUUGUAUCGAACAAACGAUACCUUGCCCAAUACUACAAGAAAACUAGACGAGGUGAUGAAGUUGGUGUUGCCCCCAACAAAGCGCGGCCUCAUUGCAUCCGACUCGGCCGUUGCCGAACCAGUCAUCCAGAUCAUUCGAAUCAUCGGGUACAAGCAACCCGAGUACUGCUUCAAGCAUAUCAUCUUUCCCCUGAUCAACGCCGAGUUGUUCGUAUCCAACAAAGAUCUCCGGGUGGAACAGCUCGACCCAGACCGGAUGGUGAUUGGAAUCAGAGCCUUCCUGGCUAUCAUGUCAGACCUCGAGAAGGGAGACGAAGGCCGGCCCCCCUUUCCAAGCUCGUUUCCGCCACCGCCCGCAAUUGAACGCGAACGCAUGCCAGCGUCCCCUAUGAUGGUUCCGCCUCACCACGGCUCAUCCAUGAAUUUUACUGGAACAUCGGGAGAGGGCGAACAGCUCUCCCGCCCUGUGCGGAUAGCCGCCCUGAACGACGUCGUCAAAGAGUACUAUCAUAAGUUUUGCGAAAUUCUUGGCAAGAUCACCAUCAUCUGCGACAACACGUUUGGAGGCCAGGCUGUCCUGGACGAGAAGUUCAGCAGCCCGGGCCCCAAGACCCCGAUCGCAGACACAUUUAACUUCGCGCGGCGAGACGACCAGUCUCCCGCAGACCAUAAACAGGCGUUUUACGAGCUUUUGCAUGUUGCGGUUCAAGCGUUGCCCCGUUGCCUCUCUGUCGAUAUACCCUUCAACUCGUUGAUCAACCUCCUCUGCACGGGUACCGCUCACGUGCAAUAUAACAUCGCCUUUUCAUCAGCACAAUCACUUAAAGCUAUAGCCCGACAAGCCCAUGCGCAGCAAGUCACCAUGGGCUUUGCUCGCUUCAUCUUCAACUUUGACGACCGAUACUCAACAAUGUCCGAUGGCGGAAUGCUCGGCCCGGGUCACAUUGAAAGCACACUUCGCCUGUACGUUGAGUUGCUACAAAUAUGGAUUGAAGAGAUUAGACGGAAGACCCGCGACGCUUCUCUAGACCAACUCGAGGCGAGCGACAAGCGCGGCGCAAAGCUCGAUCUGUCCGGUAUCUGGGCCGAAGUGGACCAGGCGGAAGCUCACGGUUUGUUCUUCUUGUGUUCGCAGUCUCGGAGAGUGCGGUACUUCGCCAUUACCGUCCUGCGGCUCAUCACCGACUUUGAUAAAGCACUCCAGAAUCAGGACAAGGAUACUUUGCGGGUUAUCGACAUCCUAGAAAACGACUCGAUGCAGGUAAUGAACUUUAAAGAUGAAGGUCUUUCCGUCGCGGAAAGGAGCAGGCUCCAGAGGGGAAUGCAAAACAGCAACAAUCGAGGCGCCCUUGUGGAGCUGUGCACCAGUGACGUGUCAUACGACACGACGCUGUGGUUCAAGCUCUUCCCCAAUCUCAUCCGCAUCGCCUACGAAAAGUGUCCCUUUACAGUUACCAUUGGCCGGGACCUGAUCUGCAACCGCAUUUUGCAGAUGUACAAGGCCAUCGUGCUCUUGUCGGAGCCUUCGAGGGGGUUGUACUAUGGUUCAGAUCCUGGGAGCGCCCGUGUCGCCGGUAGAACACCGACGGCACAGCCGGAGAUCCUCGUGGAACAGUGGAAGCUCUAUCUCAUAUUCGCCUGUACGACUUUGGCCGAUCCAGGGAGCGUCGUGCCCGCCAAUUCUCAAGGCACACAACAUAGCCGAAAGACAUCCAAGCCAGCCUCUGCGGACAAGAUCGUUUCAGCCAGGGUACUUUUCAAGUAUCUAAUACCCCUCCUGUCCGUUUCUUCGGCAUCAGUCAGAGAUGCAGUCGUCCUGGCUAUGGGGUCGAUUAACAUACACAUUUACCGCACCCUGCUGGAAGAGUUGGCAGGUCAGGUUUCGCGCUGCAACGACGAAGCGCGUGCUCGUAUCCAUCAACGCACAAACAGCAGCCCAAGACGCAACCGCAAGAUGGAUCUCCUCAGAACCGAAAUUACCCAUGUGUACAAGCUCACCUGCCAUUUCCUCAAGGUAGAGGAGGUCUACAACGACGAGUGGGUCCUGACAAACCUCGUCACUUAUACCCGGGACCUCAAGCUCUUCCUCAUGGACGGAGAAGUUCAAAUGGACUGGGAGUUCCAGAAACUUAGGCGCCACUACUGCGGCCUGACGGAGGAACUCUUUGAGGGAAUCAACAGGACGAAGGACCCAUCUCGGUGGAUGACGUUUGAAUCCCGAAAAUCCGCGUUCUCUUUGAUGGAAGACUGGUGCGGCUUCUCGCCAAAUCAGACUCAGAUCCGCGUCCGGGAAGACACCAUGCGGCAGUCCCUCAUCGACCAGCAGUCUCUUGGAGAGAGGGGCACGGUCACCGCGGCCAUGGAGAUAGAGAAACGGAAUCUCCGUACCGCUGCCCUCAGCGCCAUGGCGGCCCUUUGUGGUGGACCAAUGAGCAUAACCACUGAGAGCGGCGCAACGCUCCAAUUCGAUAUCCGGAGAAUGCUCGCGUGGAUUGAGGCCAUCUUCAACUCGGGCAGCGACCGCAUGAACGUAAUCGGCCGCCGGGCUCUGAAGAACCUGAUCAUCCACAACCAGGAGCUACCAUACCUCCUGGAACACUGCAUUGCUCGUUGCUACCUGUCCGACGUUUCGAAAGUGCAGGAGAGCUACUUCGCUGUCGUGACUCAGGUGUUGUUGGAUCAUCUCGACUACUCGUGCGCCUUUUGGAAGCUGCUUGGGCUCUGCCUCUUCACACUUGGUAACGACGAGAGCGAAAUUCGUUCCAAGUCUGCUCGCUUGAUGAGAUCGCUCGAAGAAAGGCAACAACCAGGUCGGACCUCCAAGAUCCAGGACUACGACAUUAGCAUUUCCGACAAAACGAAGGCAGUGUAUAAGUUGGCUCAGUUCGAAAUCUCCAAGCGACUUGCAAAACAGCAUACCGAGUUGGCAUUCCACAUCUUUUCAGAGUUUACCCUUUACUUCAAAGAUCUCCAGCCCGCUUCACAACGCAACGUUGUAGCCGUCAUCCUGCCCUGGAUCCAGUCAAUCGAGCUGAAGGUUGAUCCGAACGGCGGCCCCAUCGCCCAGUCUUACGUUCUCUUGGCCAACUUGCUAGAGAUCACCAUCAAAUCGAGUGGCGCACUGCACAACGAGGUUCAGGCACUGUGGCAAGCCCUCGCAACCGGACCCUAUCCAGGCAAUGUCCGAUUGAUCCUCGACUUCAUUAUCUCUCUGUGCCUCGAGAGGCGCGAGCAGAACUUUGUCGAAUACGCCAAGCAAAUCGUCGUCUUCCUCUCUAGCACCACCAGUACGCCAGGCAUGAAGGUUGUCGAGUUCCUUCUCAUGCAGAUCACUCCCAAGGCAAUGGUGCCGAACGAGAAGAAGGAUGCUAUGCCGCCACCACCGGACAUUGGCCUCUUGCCUUACUGCGCAGACCUAGGAGAGGCACUUCCUGUGGGCACGAAGCAGGCUGGAUUUUCUCUGGGACAGCUCUCGCUGAUCCUGCUGGUCGAUCUCAUGGUAUCCCCUGUGCACCUAACGCCCGAGAAUGUACCAGUGCUCCUCCAGGUGGUGACGGUGCUCUGGGAUCACUACACUCCUCUGGUCCAAGAACAAGCCAGAGAAAUGCUGGUCCAUCUCAUUCACGAACUUGUCAUCUCUCAACUGGAUGAUCAGACGGAGCCUACGGCCAGGGCAUCGAUCGAGGAUCUCAUUGACUUGAUUCGUCGUCAUGAUCGCUCGGUCGUCUGGGGUUACGAGGACAGCAACGGCAAAGCUGACGAUCACGACAACAAAGUCCCUCCAAGCAUGGAGUUCUUGACAGCAGAGGUUGUCAAGACGUUUGAGAUGACUUACCCGGGCAUCAAGGACCAAUGGGGCAGGCUGUCGCUGACAUGGGCAACGUCAUGCCCGGUCCGACAUCUCGCUUGUCGCUCCUUCCAAAUCUUCCGGUGUAUCCUCACUUCCUUGGAUCAAUUUAUGCUGGGAGACAUGCUCGCACGCCUAUCAAAUACUAUCGCCGACGAAGACACCGAGAUCCAGACCUUUGCGAUGGAGAUCCUAACCACUCUCAAGACGCUUAUCUUGAAGCUUGACGCAGACAAGUUGCUCACAUUCCCCCAGCUCUUCUGGACUACAUGUGCUUGCUUGGAGUCUAUCAACGAGCGCGAGUACCUCGAGGCUGUGGAAAUGCUGAAUGAAUUCCUCACGAAGAUCGACUUUCGGUCACCCAACGUCCGCAGGCUUCUGCUCGACGGCCAACCCUCGAGAUGGGACGGCCAGUUCGAAGGCCUUCAGUCCCUUCUGUACAAGGGAAUGCGGUCAUCCAUGUGUAUGGAGGCCACUCUGAGCACACUUGACAAGCUGGUCCAGCUACCUAGUGACAAUCUCAUUGGGGACGACAGCCGGCUUUUCUUUGCUGUUUUGGCCAACUUUCCCCGUUUCUUACACGAGAUGGAACAGGACGAGCCCAGCGAGCAAGCGUUACAGUCUGCUGGGGUUUUGUGCGCCGUCUGCGAGUCUCAGGGGUAUGGCAACAUUGCUGAAGUGCUUGGGGAAUACGUCAAUUUCAAGUACCAGGGCAACAGCAGAGAGUUUCAAAGCCGUCUCUUUGCCGCGCUGAAGGAUCACUUCCUUCCCAAGUUGGAUUUCAAGAUGGUCAUCUUUUUGAUGGGCCUGCUUACGAACUCCACGGCGUGGGUGAAGCUUAAGACCAUGAGAAUCCUCAGCAUCAGUUUAUUCGGCAUUCCAGAAGCGUCGGGUUGGGCCAUUCCGAUCCCGGCCAAAAAGACGGAUUCCACGCGUGCCAAUAUCCACGCCGCCUUCUACAUGUGCCAGACCGCCGAAGGAAUCCUCACGGAGGCGACGCCGACGCCCGAUGUUGAGUUCCACAACGACGACUUCCCGUACAGCUACUUCCAGAUGCCCGACAGGACCGAGACGAUGAUGUCGGACGACGGCCGCGGCGACGGACACCUUGGCGACCUCGUUACGAAGCUGGAUAGCCUCGACGACUUCUUCGACGACCUCGGCACGAGCCCGCCCAGCGACGGCCGCUCAUCGAAGACCAUCACCGAGUUCUCUCCGGACAGCUUCGAAUCCGGAGCGCAGUUGUAUGAUGAGCAAAUCCUGCCAAUCCUGCAUCAGGCUUCCAACAACAGCACAUUCCAGAAUGGAUUUACUGACAGGCCACCAGCUACGGCAAGGGAUCCGAGCUCCAACACGAUGAAUCCUGGAGCUUUUAGCGCGUCAUCCUCGGCGGCCGGCGGGAUGGGAGGCGGUUCGCGACCGGGGCUCCACUACAGAUCAAUCACGUCGCCGUCUGCGCCCGCGUCGUACCAGCCGCAUAUCAGCGAGUUCGCGUCGGACGACGAGUUCCCCGAAGACGUCUUCUCGGACGCAGACGACGAGCGACCGAACACGGGCCACGGCGGCGAAGGCUCCUUUUCCCUGGAGAGCAUGAUCAAACCGCUCGCGCAGAGCACAAGAUCGCGGAUGCGUCGUCUGACGGGAGGCCGAUCGCGCGAGAACGACCGACAGCAGGAACUAUUCCGAGCCGAGCGGGCUGCCGCGGCGCACCAGGUUCCCAAGGUGCCGACUAAUUACCUGACCAAGAUGCCAUCGCAAGGGGAGAUGCUUUGA